GUGGUUAAGAAACUGAGUCUCUCUCUUUCUCUCUCCUCCAUGUCCUAACUUCAUGUCUCAAUACACAUUCUCUUCAAUACUCAUUUUUCUCUUCUAAGUUCUGAGCCAUCCUUUAUAUAUGUCAUCUCUCUCUACCUUCAUUCGUACAUGCAUUGACAAUUUACAUGAAGAGGGAGAGAAAGAAACAGAAACUGGAGGUCAAGGAGGAGAGGAAAAUGGAGGUGGCGGUGGUGGUGGAGCAAGUUGAUGCGUUGGCUGCAGCAGCGACGGUAGCUGCGGCUGCGGCCGUUGAGGAGGAGGAAUUGUGGGGAAUGAGGCUCACGGAAGGAGACGUUGUGGUCGACGAGCUGAUGACAUGGAGCACCGUGUUGCCCUCAUGUUGGAACGUGGAGUUUGUUGAGAAAAACUAUGGAGUAUUGUUCGAAGAUGUUGUCUGGGAGGAUGACCUUUGGAAUCUGAACACUUCCACUUAGCUCCCUCCUCCUUUAGAUAACAUAAGACAAGAUUGAAGUCGUGAGAUUCAAGGUUUUUUCAAUCGAUUUGGUUGUUCGGUUUAAGUUUAAAUGAAACAUAUACUGUAUUUGUUUUUGGUAUGGUUUUUAAAG